AUGAGAGCUUUGAUCGAUUCAAAGUAUCUCAGAAAGGACAACCACCCUACAAGUUGGAAUAAGCUCAUUUCGACUAAGGUUCAGAUUCAUAUAUGGAGAACUUGUCGGGACAAACUUCCUACUUUAGAUAAUCUUGUCAAGAGAGGUAUUACGGUGGAUAACAAUAAAUGUAUUCUCUGUAAAGAGGAAGCGGAAGAUGUAAACCACAUUUUUAUGGGUUGCAAGAAGACAAGAGUGGUGAGGGAGGCUAUUAACAAAUGGUGCAAAGGUGCUAUUGAUUUGGACGGGARCGAGUCGGUGGGUGAGGCUUUCUACAACUUAGACUCCCAUAAGUCGAAAUCCAAACCGGACUUCAAAGAGAUGCCGCUUGCUGCGUACUGUUGGUCGAUUUGGAACGGUCGAAAUGCUGAAAUUUUCAAAGGUGUGCCUUUCAAUUCUUACCGUGUGGCUAACGAUAUUCAGUUCUCUGUGUACUAUUGGCUUUGUAAUAGAAGUAAGGAUUAUGGCAAGUUAGAUUGGAAUAGGUGGUCUUGUAACCCGGACAUGGUGUAG